AUGAUGGUUUCUGCCUCUGUCCGUUGGAAAUCCGAUGGAAGUCCAGCAGACGUCCAACGGACACAGAAUUCCGGCCAGUCCAACCAUUUCUUGCUUCUAAGUAGUUUGAGUGGACUUUCACUGGACUUUGCCUGGACUUGCAGCAGAAUCCAGUCAUGUCCAACGGACUCCGACGGUCUUCUGACAGACUGUCCACUGAGUCCAUCGGAAAUGGCAGGGUCCGAUGAAAGUCCGUUGGACAAGCAGUGGGAGUGUAAAUGCAGAGGAGAGGCUAGUCAUGCAACGGUAGACAAUUUGUGCUGUUUAUCAGAUCUCAGCACUCCGCAGCUGUACCGACAGCUCACCGUAACAACAAUAAUCCAACCCAAGAAACUCCGGUGGUGCACAGAUGCCUCAUUGUGCUUCCAUCAUUCGAUACUUCGGAUCUGCAAGGCAAGGUCCGAGCUGCAGGAAACCAAGAUCAUCCUUGUGAUCCCCAUCGUUUGUCGUCAGCUGCAGUGGAUCCUUGUCCUCCUACAGGAUAUGAAUUACAACCGGAUCUACGAGACAGGGAUCGCUAAGGUCUACUUGGAUGGUGGUGAAGAAGCUAGUGGAUCUCCUGCUCUUGUAAAUAUCCACUGA